AUGUCCACCACUGCUCCUCAAGGCCCCCCAUACGCCCCCCAAAUCGCCUCUCUCGGCGGCCAACCAACGCCCAUUCCCGACGUCGUAAUAUGUUCAAUCCUGAUCGCUAUCUACGCCGGCUCAGCAGCCGGCCACAUGUCCAUCUACCAACUCAACCGACGCAAAACCCAUCAUUUCUUCAUCUCCGCCGCACUCUUCGGUUUCAGCAUGGCAAGAAUCGUGACUUGCUCCCUCCGCAUCGCCGUCGCAUACCAUCCUUCAAACGUAUCGCUCAAUAUCGCCGCACAGAUUUUGCUGAGCGCCGGGGUAUUGAUUGUUUAUGUGGUUAAUCUGGUCUUCGCGCAACGGAUACUUCGAGCGCGACAGCCUGAGAUAGGUUGGCAUACGGUCCUUCGGGUGUUUUUCAGAAUCCUUUACGGACUCGUUGGUCUGGCGCUGGUUCUGGUGAUCACCUUCAUCGUCAUCCAAUUCUAUACCUUGGAUUCCGAGCUCCGAGAAGCGUGUCGCGAUAUCCAACUCGUGGCCAUGACAUACCUGCUCUUCGUCACGCUUGUGCCUCUCGUCAUCCUGGCUAUCACCUGGUCACUCAAAGAAUCCCCUCGAGCCGAGGAGUUUGGUACCAAGGACUCGUCCGGUGGACUCGAUACCUGGAGUACGGGACAAAAGUCUUUAAUCCUUUUGACUUCAGCUUUGCUGUGUACACUCGGCUCUGCAUUCAAGACAGGCAGUAACUUCGAAUCUCCUCGACCGAAGAGCGAUCCGGCUUGGUACCAGUCCAAGGCGGCGCUUUAUGUCUUCACUUUCCUGAUCGAGAUCUCGAUUCUUUACAUGUUCCUGUUGACGAGGAUUGACCAUCGCUUCCACGUCCCGGACGGAAGCAGUAAGAGACGUAGCUUUGCGGGAGUUGUAGAGGCGACGAACGAGGGUCAAGAAUUGCCGCAGAUUUCCGCACAGACAUCGACAGAGGCGAAAGAAGCAGUUUAA